UGAUGUUCAUACAAAUCAGUAUAUUUCGGCAAGCGGCAGUGUUCGGUUGCUAACUUCCGUGUAUAGUGUCGUCCGUGAAUUGAUCUGUUUGGCAUCCCACAACUCGGUGCGGUGUGUACCAUCGUAUUAACGUGAAACCUCCAUUUGUAAUCCAACAUGGCGAACCCUUUCGACGCUAUCAAUCCGGAUGUGUUCAAAGCGUACGUGUUCUGGUCAGCAGUAUUGGCGGCGAAGAUGUUGCUAAUGUCGCCGCUGACGGGUUUGCUGCGGUUCAAGAACAAGGCUUUUGCUAAUCCCGAGGAUGCCAGUGCGGUAAGCAAGAAGCUCAAGCCAAAGCUAGACGAUCCGGAUGUUGAGCGUGUGCGCAGGGCACAUUUGAACGAUUUGGAAAAUAUUCUACCAUUCUUCGUGAUCGGAUUCCUGUACCUGUUGACCAAUCCGGCACCCUUCCUGGCAGUCAAUCUGUUCCGAGCGGUGGCAGUAUCGCGCAUUCUUCACACGCUCGUGUAUGCCGUCGUUGUCGUCCCACAACCGGCACGCUUCUUCGCAUUCGUAGGUGCGAUGGCACCAAAUUUCUACAUGGCACUGCAGACGAUACUGUACUUCAUGGCGUAACAGUCGCCAACCCUGGAAGCUAUAUCUUCAAUAGCGCAGAAUAAACUUAAAAGAGGCUGUGGAGGCUCUCUCGAGGCUCUGUGGAGGCUCUCUUGUCGGUGUAUAUGGGAA